AUGUCGGGACUUCUCCAAGCUUCUCAGAGGGCUUCUGUGGGACUCUACUUGCUAGCGCUGUGGGGGGUGGUUGGAGGGGAGAAGCUGCUGGUUGUCCCUGUGGAUGGAAGCCACUGGCUCAGCAUGAAGGCGAUCGUGGAGCUGCUCAGCGAGAGGGGCCAUGACAUCGUAGUGUUGGUGCCAGAGGUCAGUUUGCUUCUGGGGGAGUCGCGAUACUACAGCAGAAGGACCUAUCUAGUGCCCUACACCCAGGAAGAGCUGAAAGACCGAUUCUGCUCCUUUGGAAACAGCCACUUCACUCUGAGGUCUUUCCUGAGCCAUCCCCUGACCGAAUUCAGGAACAUCAUGAUUCUUGCUAAAAUGUUAUUCAUGAACUGUGAGAGCCUCCUGGAGGACUUUGAGACCCUGCGGUUCCUCAGGGAGAGCCAGUUUAAUGCCCUUUUCACAGACCCGAUCGUUCCCUGUGGUGUGAUCCUGGCUGAGUGCCUGGACCUGCCCUCCGUGUACCUCUACCGGGGGUUCCCGGGUGUCCUGGAGUACGUGAUCAGUGGAAGCCCAAACCUUGUGUCCUACAUUCCCAGGUUCUAUACUCCGUUCUCAGACCAGAUGACUUUCCCACAAACAGUGGCCAACUUCCUUGUUAUGUUGGAGAUCCCGCUAUUUCACCUUCUGCAUGGGAUGUACCAAGACCUGGCCUCAAAGACCCUCAGGAGAGAUGUGGACAUGACUACAAUACUUCAGAAGUGCUCAGUACUGCUGUUAAGAUACGACUUUGUGUUCGAGUACCCCAAGCCAGUCAUGCCCAACACCGUCUUCAUUGGAGGGAUGAACUGCAAGAAGGGGGCACACUUAGCUCAGGUGGGUGAUGUUACCCAGGCUCUGAGGCUGUGUGUCUUACUAAGUGGGUAG